AUGACGACCCGCUCAGAGAGAGAGAAGGCCCAGAAACUGAACGAGCAGCACCAGGCCAUCCUGUCCAAAAUGCUCAGAGAGGAAGACAACAAGUAUUGUGCCGACUGCGAGGCGAAAGGUCCGAGAUGGGCGUCUUGGAACCUGGGAGUAUUUAUCUGCAUUCGGUGUGCGGGCAUCCACAGGAACCUUGGUGUCCACAUAUCCCGAGUGAAGUCAGUCAACUUGGACCAAUGGACCUCAGAUCAAAUCCAGCGUAUACAGGAUAUGGGAAACACCAAGGCCAGGCAGCUUUAUGAGGCCGACCUUCCUGCAAACUUCAGACGACCUCAAACAGACCAAGCAGUUGAAUUCUUCAUCAGGGAUAAAUAUGAGAAGAAGAAAUACUACAACAUGAAUGUGACCAAUGGAGGCAGUCCUAAAGAUUGUGUGAAAAAAGAGAAGGAGUCAGAGCGAGGGAGCAAGGUGUCUUCUUACACCAAGAAAAAUGAAGAGUCAAGGCCAGUCCCUAAAAUCAGCCCAGUUAAGUCAUCAGAACCUUCAGUGAACCUACUAGCACUUGACGCACCGGCAGCUGCACCAAGCAACAAUGGGAUCACCAGCACAAGUCAGAACAACAAUGACCUGGACAUAUUUGGUCCUAUGGUAUCCAACCCCCUACCAUCUUCCACGUCAACUGCUCAGUUUCCCCAGGUGAGCUCCAGCAGUGUUGCAGGCACUCCUACACAAGGCCCACAGGCAGCAGUGGGCGGAGGCACGCCAGGGUCCGGACACGGCGAGCUUGACCUGUUCAAUGAUAGCAGUAGCGCAACCAAGACAGAAGAUCAUGCAAAGAAACCAAUGUCCAAGGACUCCAUCUUGUCACUCUAUGGAACUAACAACAUGUCGCCACAGGCUCCAGCUGCUGGCAUGUUCAUGGGACCCUCUCAGAUGCAGUUUCCUGUCCACACCUCUGCUGGUUAUCAGGCCUUCCCCGGCAUGGGCACGGCCGUGCCACCGACAACCGUCAUGGGUGCCAUGAUGGCACAGAGUGGAGCAGCUAUGAUGGGGCCCAGUCCGGGAAUGAUGGUUGGGAUGACCAUGCCCAAUGGCUUCAUGGGAAAUGCACCUGCUAGCGGUGUGAUGGGCAUGGCCCCCAGAAUGAUGGCGCCACAUGGCGGUGCGAUGCCUGCCGGCAUGGUGCCUGCCCAGGGCAUGUACGCUAUCCAGCCUGGGCAACAAGCUCAGUGGAACAUGGCUCAGGUGAACCAUCAGAUGUCAGGCUUGCAUCUGAACGGCGCACCCGGACACAUGGCCUUCACUCAGUCUCCAGCUGCCAUGGGAGGUUGGGCGGCACCUGGAUCCGGCCAAACUCUGAGCACACAAUUAUGGAAGUGAGCUUUUCGGUGAGCCCACGGACGGAUGGACAGAGGAAGAGUGGUGGUUGCAGAAGGUGCAAAAGCUCUUUUUGUGUUUUUCUGCACCUCACCACGAACUGAUGUCGAUUUCCACCAUGGACCAGCCUUCAAGAACAUGAAAAUAGGAUCUCUACUUGCCCACUCUCCGUCUACUUUCUCUCUCUCUUUCUCUCUAUUGUGUGAGUGAAUUGGGAGUCUUACAGCCUGGCAGAUUCUGCCUGUCGUAUGGUUUUUGAUCAUCGCUUUUAUUUUCCCAUUUUUUUGGGCAACAAAUAUAAGGAAAUAACAGUCCCAACAAAAAUUGUAUUGACAUAUCAGAAAAGCUGCAGGACCAGUUACACAAGCUUUUAUUGUAUCAAUGUAUCAGGAUAAGAUUAUAGGACAUUUAAAUAAAUAGUAUUUAAAGGGAGAAGAUGAGACUAAUCCGGUCUGUCUGUACUGCUCCCAAGUGUACAGCGCUGUAUAACCUUCUUUUAAAGUACUUGUGGUUCCCCUAUAUAGAAAAAAAAUAAAAGUCAUGAUCAGUGG